GCGUCAACCUGUUUAUCUCUUCACUGGAUUGGCCCCUCACUGAACUACAGUUCCCAGGAGGCGUUGGGGCCACGCCACCCAACUUCCGGCUGAAAAGAUGGCUGCUUCUUAGGGGGUACCGGAAACAGCCAGAUCCGCGCCCCUCUCUCGUGUAGAUACCCGCUAGGCCGUCCAGCACCCACUGGGGAGAAUCCCAGAGGUGAAUUCUUUAUUCACGAAGACAUUUUCAGUUUCAGGAAGGAUCCUGGCUUCCCCCGUCUCUGCUCCAUCCAGCUACAUAGGAGCCAUGGAAGUGGCAGAGCCCAGCAGUCCCACUGAGGAGGAGGACGAGGAGGAAGAGCAAUCCACAGAGCCUCGGCCCCGUACACGCUCCAACCCUGAGGGUGCUGAGGAUCGGGCACUGGGGGCACAGGCCAGCGUGGGCAGCCGCAGCGAGGGUGAGGGUGAAGCAGCCAGUGCUGAUGAUGGCACGCCCAAUGGUCCAGGAACUGGUCCCAAGCCCUGGCAGGUGCCCCCACCAACCCCUGAGGUCCAGGUUCGGACACCAAGGGUCAACUGUCCAGAGAAGGUGAUCAUCUGCCUGGACCUGUCAGAGGAAAUGUCAUUAACAAAGCUUGAGUCAUUCAACGGCUCUAAAACCAAUGCUCUUAACGUAUCCCAGAAGAUGAUCGAGAUGUUCGUGCGGACAAAACAUAAGAUUGACAAGAGUCAUGAGUUUGCACUGGUGGUGGUGAAUGAUGACACGGCCUGGCUCUCUGGCCUGACUUCUGACCCCCGUGAGCUCUGCAGCUGUCUCUAUGAUCUGGAGACGGCCUCCUGUUCUACCUUUAAUCUGGAAGGUCUCUUCAGCCUCAUCCAGCAGAAGACAGAGCUGCCUGUUACAGAGAAUGUGCAGACAAUUCCACCUCCAUAUGUGGUCCGCACCAUCCUUGUCUACAGUCGUCCACCAUGUCAGCCCCAGUUCUCCUUGACGGAGCCCAUGAAGAAAAUGUUCCAGUGCCCAUAUUUUUUCUUUGAUGUUGUUUACAUCCACAAUGAUGCUGAUGAAAAGGAGGAGGAGAUGAGUUGGAAGGACAUGUUUGCCUUCAUGGGCAGCCUGGAUACCAAGGGUACCAGCUACAAGUAUGAGGUUGCCCUGGCUGGGCCAGCACUGGAGUUGCACAAUUGCAUGGCGAAACUGUUGGCUCACCCACUGCAGCGGCCCUGCCAGAGCCAUGCCUCCUAUAGCCUGCUGGAGGAGGAGGAUGAAACCACUGAGGUUGAGGCCACUGUCUGAACCAUGAGAGUUCAUCUCAACCUCUUGGUAUCGUGAAACCCUUCGCCCAGAGUGCUGGUUCUCAGACUGGUCUCAGACUAUGGGACCCCUGGGAGGAAACCCAGGAUUCCAGGAGGCAUCCCAGGAAUUCUAGGCAGCAACCCCCACAUCCCAUGUUUUCCAGUCCACUCCCAUUCCUCAUUUGGAGCUGUAAUUUUUGUUCGUUCUUGUUUGUUUUUUGUCAUCAAAAUAAACAGUAUUGCUAACCCGUGUCCACAAC